CGUUAUUUCCGCUCUAAUUUGUUUGCGAUAUUUUUCAAUUUUUGAUCGCUGAUUUAUUUUAGGGUGAUUGUGUACGGCGGUAGUGAAAGUUAUAGACAUAUGUGUCGUUAUCAAUCUGGCUUCUUUAUGCUGCAUCCACUAUUAGAUAACCUUGAUUAUUAUUGGCGAGUAGAACCCGGAGUGAAAUUUUCUUGUGAAAUGGAUUAUGAUCCUUUUAGAGUGAUGCAAGAAAGAGAUCUUAAAUAUGGCUUUACAAUUGCACUGAGAGAAUACCGGGCUACUAUACCUUCUUUGUGGAAAAACACGAUUGAUUUUGCUAAAAGUCACCCACAAUAUAUCUAUCCUCGCACACGACCCGAUAGCUUACUGGGACUUGUGAGUGAUGAUAAUGGAUGGUCCUAUAAUCUUUGCCAUUUCUGGAGUAACUUUGAGAUUGCAUCAGUGAAAUUUAUGCGAUCAGAAGGAUAUCAAUCGUAUUUCAAAUACCUUGAUAAAGCAGGAGGCUUUUUUUAUGAAAGAUGGGGAGAUGCGCCCGUGCAUUCGAUUGCUGUUGCAUUGAUGCUGAAGCGAAGUGACGUGCACUGGUUUUAUGACAUUGGGUACAAACAUGAUUUCUUUGAACACUGUCCCACCGAAGAGAAAUGGCUUGUCAAUAGUAAAUGUUAUUGUGAUCCAGAUACCUCGUUUGAUUUUAAUGCUGGUUCGUGCACGCCCUUAUUCUUGGACGUAAUGAACAGAACAGCCUCUAGUUUUAUCAUUACUCGUCCAGAUGAAGAAGAAAGUCCAUUCUUAUAAAAAAAAUCAAUUUAUUAAACAUUAAACCUCAUUCCCC